GUCAGUCUGGUCCAGAUUCAGCGCGCUGCCGCGUUUCAGACAUACACACACACACACGCACGCACGCACAUAUACACACACGUUAGCUGUGUACGAGCGGCGAAGGCGGCUCGCAGCAUCGAUCGUGGCUCCUUUAAGAAGAACUAAGCCAGAAUCCUCACCCCACCUCCUCUCCAGCUUAUUUAGAAGCUUUUGCAUAAAAAAUCAACUCGGGAGAAGCGAGCGACCAAAAGAGACAUACAAGAGCUUGAUUUUUUGCGCGCGUUUUUACGAGCAGCGUUGUCGCGAGGUGUGCUAACCGGUGGAAGCGCGGAGGAGGAUCAUCAUUCAUUCGACACUUUGACAAGCUUGCCUCUGAUUGACAGGCCGAGUGGCAAAAAGCCAUGGGGCUUACUAGCUGGGUCUGAGGGGUGUAUUUUCAUAAAAGCUCUGGGAAAGAACAUUAUUUUGUUUUUUUGUCGCUGUCCGGCGGGGAAAGGCGGACGACCCAGGUCGUGUUGAUCGUGUUUGGCUGAAGUUGAUGUGAAGGACUGCUUGAAAGAGGCGUUUGGAUUUUUGUUUUUGAAACUCAAACAAAAACAUAACAAAAUCCCUCGCUUCCCUCGGAAAUUGCGUUCUCAUUCUUUCUUCAACCUGGCCUCUUAGGGAAUAUAUUUUGCCUUGAACGAAGCUGAGGGAGUGUGGAGGGCGAUGGCGCAGCGGUACGAAGACUUGCCCCACUACGGCAUGGACGGCGUCGGGAUCCCGAGCACCAUGUACGGGGACCCGCACGGCGGCGCGCGGCCAAUGCAAGCUGUGCACCUGAACCACGCGCCGCCAUUGCAUGCACACCAGUACCCGCACACUGCACACGCCAACGCCAUGGCACCCGCAAUGGGAGCGUCCGUCAACGACGCGCUCAAGAGAGACAAGGACGCCAUUUACGGGCAUCCCCUUUUUCCACUGCUAGCACUGAUUUUUGAAAAGUGUGAGUUAGCGACGUGCACGCCUCGGGAGCCCGGCGUGGCAGGAGGAGAUGUGUGUUCUUCUGAGUCCUUCAAUGAAGACAUCGCCGUAUUCGCCAAACAGAUCAGAGCUGAAAAGCCAUUAUUUUCGUCAAAUCCCGAGCUUGAUAAUUUGAUGAUACAAGCCAUACAAGUUUUACGUUUUCAUCUCUUGGAGCUGGAGAAGGUACACGAGCUGUGUGACAACUUUUGCCACCGGUAUAUUAGCUGUCUGAAAGGCAAGAUGCCCAUAGACCUGGUAAUAGACGAGAGAGAAGGAGGAUCUAAGUCGGAUAGCGAGGAAAUCACGAGAUCGUCGGGGCCGCUGGAUCAGACCUCAUGGAACAGAGACCAUGAUGACACAGCUUCAACACGCUCCGGGGGCACGCCAGGACCCUCCAGUGGUGGGCACACAUCACACAGCGGCGACAACAGCAGUGAACAAGGCGACGGACUGGACAACAGCGUGGCUUCCCCCAGUACAGGUGAUGAUGAUGACCCUGACAAGGAGAAGAAGAGGAAUAAAAAGCGUGGCAUCUUCCCCAAAGUAGCAACCAACAUCAUGCGGGCAUGGCUGUUCCAGCACUUGACACACCCCUACCCCUCGGAAGAACAGAAAAAACAGCUGGCUCAAGACACUGGCCUCACCAUACUACAAGUGAACAACUGGUUUAUUAAUGCACGAAGGAGAAUAGUCCAGCCAAUGAUCGACCAGUCCAACCGAGCAGUAAGUCAGGGAGCCCCCUACAACCCAGAUGGUCAGCCCAUGGGAGGCUUUGUGAUGGACGGCCAGCAGCACAUGGGAAUCAGACCACCUGGGCCUAUGAGUGGGAUGGGCAUGAAUAUGGGCAUGGAGGGACAGUGGCAUUACAUGUAACCUUCAAGUUAACCAAUCGCAAAGCAGUGGGGGAAGAUUGCAGGGCAUGCCAGGGGACUACCUGCCUCGCAGCAGUCUGAUGGCCAUGGGCAUGUGCCAACCUACCUAAGGCGGCCCACAGCUCCCCCACCAGCUGCGGCCUGGGCCUCUGAUGUGUUCCUACAUUCCUGGACAUCCCCAGCACACAGCGAUGUUGAUGCAUGGAGGACCAGCCCACCCUGCCAUGCCCAUGUCAGCCUCAGGCCCCUCUAUGUUUCCCCUAGGAGACCCCACCAUGGGCGCAAAAGUCUUGGACAUCCAUGCCCAGUAGUUACAAAAAGUUGCUACAAAAAAGGAUCCUCAAAAACAGCUGUGAUCAGGACAGGGACCUGCGAUUGGUUUGCUUAUGGGGUUCACCCAGCAAAUAUUACUUGCUGGCUUGCUGCAUAAACUGAAGAGUUCCUUCUUAGGUGCAGACAGGACAUGAGAAAGGUGCCAGCAUCUGCACACCAUGGGACACAUGUGCCCUUUUGCAAAGAAUCAAACUGAGACAAAGAGAAAGUUUGAAAUUAUUGCUAUAUCAGCUCCUAAGGGAGAGGGAGGAGAAGUUUAUGUAUACUGUUGUAAAAUUACAUUUGGACACCUGCAAGAACUGGGAAUUAAGUAUUGUAAAUUCAGUGGUAAUGUUCUGCAUAUUAUGUUGUUUCUAAAUAAUUUUUAUUAAAAAAUAAGGAUGUGAACUUUUUCUUUCCACACUAUGUGUGUGUCAUCUCCAUAGACUUUUGAUCUCCUCCUUAAAUCACCUGCGUUUAAAAAGAAAUAAGUAUGUGAAUAAAUCGGUAAAUAAUU